GCAGAGUUGGGGGGGCCUGGCUUGGAAGCCCCACCCAAUCGACCCUCCUCCAGGGAGCCAACUUUAGUCUCCACCCCACCUAUAAGAAUUGGCUGCAAGUCUGUUAGCUCUUCUCUUCCUUCUCCCGGCACUCAACAUCUGCCCCUUGUUCCCUUCUUGAUCCACUUCUAACGUCAACUGUGGAGAUGACGCGCCCCUUGGACCAAGCGAUCUGUUUGCUGGUGGCGUCUUUUCACAAGUAUUCCGGCAAGGAAGGUGACAAGAACACCCUCAGCAAGAAGGAAUUGAAGGAGCUGAUCCAGAAGGAGCUGACCAUUGGACCAAAAUUGCAUGAAGACGAGAUUCAAAAACUGAUGGCUGAUCUGGAUCGCAAUAAAGACCAGGAAGUGGACUUCAAGGAAUAUGUGACGUUCCUGGGUUGUCUGGCAAUGAUUUUCAAUGAGGCACUGACAAGCUCGUCAUAAGUGAGCCCAGCCAGAUCAAGGCCGCAUGGAGGAUCAAGAAGUGCCUCUGUAAGAAAUUUGGUGUCCAAUAAAAAUGAUUUUUGUAACGUCA